ACCGCUGGGGCAGGAGGGGGCCCGUUGCAUUGUGGGCUUAACCGGAAGUAUGCCGGAGAGAGGACAGUGUUACUGAGCAAUGUUGGAACAUAUCGUUCCGUGAUUUUUCCUUGUGGAACUUAUUUAAUUUUCGAGUAGACACACAACAAUAACAAUGGCCAACGAGCCGGUGAGUGCGGCGUUCAAGCUGUACUGCCUGUCUGUGAUGACAUUGGUGGCAGCGACAUACACUGUGGCCCUGCGAUACACCAGAACAAUAUCAUCAGGGGACCUGUACUUCUCCACCACUGCUGUGUGCACCACUGAAGUCAUCAAAUUAAUACUGAGUCUUGGGAUGUUGGCGAGAGAAACGGGAAGCCCCAGUCGGUUGAAGAAUUCUCUGGUGGAACAUGUAUUACAAAGCCCCAAAGAACUGCUCAAACUCAGCGUUCCUUCAGUUGUGUAUGCUGUGCAGAAUAACAUGGCCUUCUUGGCCUUAAGCAACCUGGAUGCAGCAGUGUAUCAGGUGACCUACCAGCUGAAGAUCCCGUGCACGGCCCUGUGCAUGGUGUUCAUGCUGAACCGCUCCCUCAGCAGGAUGCAGUGGUUCUCAGUCCUAAUGCUAUGCGCCGGGGUCACCCUGGUUCAAUGGAAGCCUGCAGAAGCCACUAAAGUCCAGAUCGAACAAAACCCCUUUCUGGGUUUUGUAGCCAUCGCGAUCGCCGUCAUUUGUUCUGGGUUUGCAGGUGUUUACUUUGAGAAGGUCCUGAAGAGCUCCGACACGUCCCUGUGGGUGAGGAACAUCCAGAUGUACAUCUCUGGCAUCGCGGUCACGCUGUUCGGAGUGUGUGUGACAGACGGCGCCAAUGUCAUGGAAAAGGGCUUCUUCUUCGGCUACACCCCCUGGGUAUGCUUUGUCGUGUUCCUGGCCAGUGUGGGGGGUCUAUAUACCUCGGUUGUGGUGAAGUACACGGACAACAUCAUGAAGGGCUUCUCUGCCGCCGCCGCCAUCGUUAUCUCCACGGUGGCGUCGGUCCUCCUGUUCGGUCUGCAGAUCACGGUGACCUUUGCUUCUGGAGCCAUGAUGGUGUGCGUGUCCAUCUACCUGUAUGGCCUGCCCAAGCAAGAAGCAGCCAAGCUGCCCCAGUACAACGCUGACGACACAGAGGUCAAACAGAAGUUGAUCACUGUCUGAAGGGGUUGGGCCUUGGAGGGCCUCCAAAGGAAUGGUAUUUUCUUGAUUUGUAUUCUAUUUGCGUCAACGUUCAGGCCGAUGGUCACGUACAACAGAUGGAGGCUAAUGUUAAAAUUACAUUGAUUUGUGGUGACUUGUAAAUACACUGGCUUAAUGCCAGGCCACUGCAGUCGAUUUAGAGGGUCCAUGUGUUGAAAGGUUAGCUGGGACUCAGCCACUUCACGAUAAAGCUGAACACUAUUGUUGAAUCACUACUGUUGAAUCAAGGCUUUCAUUCUACCAGACUGUUAACGAGUGCCCAAUCACAACGGACUGCAUGUCGGCUCAUAUUUCUAUUGUACCUUUUGUCUACUUUGAUUCUGUGAUUUCUUAAUGUUUUGUCAAGAUCGAUUUCCUUUCUUUUUUAAACGUAGAGCAAAUCAAAGCUUUGAUUAAAGUAUAUAACCACCAGAAAGAAAGGAGUCCUUUUGUUACACUUAAAUAAAUGAAUGAACGGAGGAAUAUGUUUUGAAUGUAACAUUUUUAUUUACAAUGAUCUUUGAAGGUUCAGUCUGAAUAGAUUCACAUUUUCUCCACAGGCUUAAUGCCCAGGAUCCUCAUUCCACUGGCUAGGACUGAGCAGGCACCGCUGAACAGUCUUAACCGGGCCUGUUGAAAUACAAACAAACGCCAACGUUGAGUCACUGUGGCUCGGUGUCCCUCUCGUGUUUUGUCCCAAUGGGACGAUGGGGACAGUAAGCGUCUCUGCCAUCUGUUACUGAACAAUAUAUUCCUAUUUAGUUGUUCCAUCUGGAAUCUCUGUAAUAGUGCUGGCCUAUGGUGUCCCUUUUAAGAAUAAUAGAGAAUAUUUAUUUAUAUAUUAAUAUUUAAUAAAUAUAUAAUAUUUAAUAAAUAUAUAAUAUUUAAUUAAAACAAUUGGUUGGUAGCUACAUUUAUGCUGGGAAAAUAUCAAGAAUUGUUAGCAAAUUCGAUAAUGUGUACAAAUAAAUGGAAACAAACUUCAAAAGUAAACUUUUGUAUAUAGUGCAUUUUUCUCAACGGACCAAAUUGAUCGUGAGAAAAGAUGACUCAUGAAUGACACUGAACCCGACCCUUUGUUCAACCACUCCCAUAUAAGUGUACAAUAAGGUAUGCAAUAGACAAGCUCACCUGAGCCACGUCGUCAGGGCUUCCUUUGACUGGCAGCUCCCUGAGGGCAGAGGCCACCAGGUGACUGGACAGACGGAGCACAGAUCCAUUCAGGGAGUGUAGAU